AGAAUCCAUCAGCAAUAUAUGCAUCUUAUGAGCCCCGUAGUUUAUCGAUGUUCCACCUCCGAAUCCGAAAUGCUGAGGGGACGACUAACUCACAGACCAAUACGGCCCACGCUUUUCUUGAAAGUUACAAGGAUGCCACUACCGGUAAGAUUCAAAUAGUGGAUGAUAACCGCCAUGAACGUUAACUGAUCUCCUCUCCAGCCGAAUCUAAUACCGUUAUGGAGAUAACGACCAUGGCCGAAGCCCUUCAACUGCACGCUCAAAUCCUCAAGUCCGGCGGCCCCACUGCCGACACCCACCGCGAAGCCUUCUCGAAGCUCUUCACCUUUUCCGCCCUCUCCCCCGCCGGUGACCUCUCCCACGCCCGCCUCAUCCUCCGCUCCCACCCUUCCCCCAACUCCUACUUCUUCAACACCCUCCUUCGCGCCUACUCCCACAGUCCCAACCCGUCCCACCCCCUCGAAGCCCUCUCCCUCUUCUCCUCCAUUCUCGAGGACCCGCACCCCGCUCCCGACAAGUUUACCUACCCCUUCCUCUUCAAGUGCUGCGCCCGCUUGGGGCUCAACCGGGCCGGAGAACAGGUCCACGCCCAGGUGGUCAAGUCUGGUCUCACGUCGGACCUGUACGUUGCCCAUGGCCUGAUCCACAUGUAUUCAGCCUGCGGGGAGUCCGGCCACGCGCUAGAGAUAUUCGACAGAAUGCUCGAGAGAGAUGUCGUCUCGUGGACUUGCACGAUUGAUGGUCUUGUGGAUAAUGAUCACCCUGUGAAGGCGAUCGAAAUGUUCGAGAAAAUGUUGAGUGAAGGAUUCAAGGUGAAUGAUGCCACAGUCGUGUCGGUCCUGCGAGCUUGUGCAGAAUCAGGAUCUUUGAGCACGGGGAAAAGGGCUCACGCAAUUGCCAGGGAGAGAGAUUUUGCUUCUAGGACAAAUGUUAGAACAGCCCUUAUAGACAUGUACUCAAAAUGUGGUUCUCUGGAUGAUGCGAGGAGUGUUUUCGGUGAAACUGAAGACAAGGAUGUCUUCCACUGGACGGCUAUGAUGUUGGGAUUGGCAAGCCACGGGAUGUGCAGAGAAGCCCUCAACUUGUUCGAUGAGAUGAGGAGAUUAAGGAUAGGACCCGAUGAGAGGACGAUGACAGCGGUUUUAUCAGCAUGUAGGAAUGCGGGGUGGGUCGAUAAGGGCUUGAUGUACUUCAGGAACAUGAGGAAGAAAUAUGGAGUGCAGCCCACGAUUCAACAUCAUGGCUGUAUAGUGGACAUGCUCGCCAGAGCGGGGCGAUUGGGAGAGGCCGAGGAUUUCAUCUGGAAGAUGCCAAUCGAGCCCGAUGCAGUCAUGUGGCGCACAUUAAUUUGGGCUUGCAAAGUUCACGGAGAUUGUCAGAGGAGCAUUCGUCUGAUGAAACAACUCAAGCUACAAGAUAAAGGCCACGAUGACUGCAGCAGUUACGUGCUAAUGCAAAACAUUUAUGCAGCAGAAGGGAAAUGGCAGGAUAAGGCGAGAAUUAGAGAGCUCAUGAGCCAGAAUGGACUUAGGAAACCUCCGGGAUCGAGUAAGAUCGAGGUGGACGGCUCGAUCCACGAGUUCAUUGCUGGGGACUCGAGCCACCCUGAAGCAAAGAAAAUAUACAAAAAGUUAGAUGAGAUCCAACAGCGAUUAACCGAAGAAGGUCACGUUCCUAAGGUUUCGGAGGUGAUGCUGAAGAUAGGCUCUCAGUUUAAGACGCUUCAGCUGUGGCACCACAGCGAGAAGCUGGCAGUUGCUUAUGGGCUGAUUAGGACGAAUCUGGGGUCUGAAAUUCGGAUAGUGAAGAACCUGCGGUCAUGCGAAGAUUGUCAUGAGGUGAUGAAGCUGCUGUCGAAGAUAUACGGGAGGGAGAUCAUAGUACGAGAUCGGAUACGGUUCCAUUAUUUCAGAAACGGGGAAUGUUCUUGCGGAGAUCGCUGGUGAUACGAGAAAAGGAGUUACUGCCUGCUCUAUUUAGGACAUUUCAAGCGAAAAUGACUCGGAACUAUAAACACCAUAAAAGAAACAGUUUCAAAAAGAAAUGAUUGAGGUUUGAAGCUCAUUCUUUGAUCUUCUUCCUAUA